UCGGCCAUGUACGCCGUUUACCACGGGCCCGAGGGCUUGCGCCGAAUAGCGGCUCGCGUGCACAUGCUGACCGUCGUCCUGGCCGAGGGACUGCGGAGGGAUGGGCACGACCUUGUGGGCGAGGGCUGGUACUUUGACACUGUGACGAUAAAGCCAAGAGUGCCUUUGGAAAACAUCAGGAGAAGCGCCGAGUCGGAGAGGAUGAACCUCAGGUACAACAGGGACGGGACCGUGGGCGUGUCUCUGGACGAGAAGACGACUCCCGAUGACGUGGACGACAUCCUCCGAGUAUUUGGGACCAGCGCCACGGUCGAGGGGAUCGUCGGAAGCGGCCUCGUCGAGGGCAGGGACCUUGACCACUCGCCCUUCCGUCGCACGACUCCGUACUUGCAGCAUCCCGUUUUCAACGCCCAUCACUCGGAAACACGGAUCGUUCGGUACAUGAAGUCUUUGGAGAACAAGGACAUCUCGCUCGUGCACAGUAUGAUUCCCCUGGGCUCGUGCACGAUGAAACUGAAUUCGACGACCGAGAUGAUGCCGUGCAGCUUCAAAGGGUUCACGGAUGUGCACCCGUUCGUGCCGCCGGAGCAGUCGCGCGGGUACCAUCAGCUGUUCGUCGAGCUCGAGCGGGAUCUGUGCGCGAUAACGGGAUACGACAGCAUAAGCUUCCAGCCGAACAGCGGAGCCCAGGGCGAGUACGCUGGCCUCAGGGCGAUCCAGUGCUACCACGAGUCCCGUGGCCAAGGCGAACGCCAGGUCUGUCUGAUUCCCGUUUCGGCUCACGGGACCAAUCCGGCCUCUGCUCAGAUGGCCGGCAUGAAAAUCGAGCCGAUCAAUGUCAAGAAGAACGGCUGUGUCGAUGUCGAACAUCUCAAGGCCAUGGCUGAUAAAUUCAAGGACAAGCUGUCGUGCCUGAUGAUCACGUAUCCGUCAACAAACGGUUUAUUCGAGGAGACGAUUGGCGACGUCUGUGAGCUGGUGCACAAGGCGGGCGGCCAAGUUUACCUCGACGGGGCGAACAUGAACGCACAGGUAGGCUUGUGCAGGCCCGGUGACUACGGCAGCGACGUGUCGCACUUGAACCUGCACAAAACUUUCUGCAUACCGCAUGGCGGUGGUGGUCCAGGAAUGGGUCCGAUAGGCGUCAAGAAGCACCUCGCGCCUUUUUUGCCAAGCCAUCCCGUCAUCGAUACGUUGACCGGUGAUGUUAGGGAAACGAAGGGCUUGGGUGCAGUCUCUGCUGCGCCGUACGGAUCGUCGGCGAUUUUACCGAUUUCCUGGGCUUACAUAAAAAUGAUGGGGCCACAGGGACUGCGCAAAGCGACGCAAGUUGCCAUCCUUAAUGCCAACUACAUGAGCAAAAGGCUAGAAAAAUACUACAAAAUUUUGUUCAGAGGGAGUAGCGGCCUCGUGGCUCAUGAAUUUAUUUUGGACGUGCGAGAUUUGAAAAAAACCGCCAAUAUCGAGGUAGUGGACAUCGCCAAGAGACUCAUGGACUACGGUUUUCACGCGCCUACCAUGAGCUGGCCCGUUGCUGGCACGCUUAUGGUCGAGCCCACGGAAUCUGAGGAUAAGCUCGAGCUCGAUCGAUUCUGUGACGCGCUUAUUUCUAUAAGGCAAGAGAUUCAGGAUAUCGAAGAUGGAAAACUAGAUGCCAGAAUUAAUCCUCUUAGAAUGGCGCCGCACACGCAAGAACAGAUUAUUAGUGAUAAAUGGGAUCGACCAUAUUCAAGAGAAUUGGCUGCUUUCCCAGCACCAUUCGUAAAAGCAAGUACAAAGAUGUGGCCUACCGUGGGAAGAAUAGAUGAUAUUUAUGGAGAUGUAAAUCUUUUCUGUACCUGCCCACCAAUUUUGCCUCAACAGUAGAAAAAAA